AUGGCGAAUGCUAUUAUGGAAGAUUACAAGGUUCUGGGCCGCAAGGAGGAGGAAACCGCUCGCCUGCGGGCUGAGGCUGAGGUGAUGGCACAGGCUGCUCGGGAGGGUGCAGAGCAGCUGGAAAAGGAGAAAGUUGCUUUUGAGAAGCAAAAUCAGGAGGUGACCAAUCUCAAGGCGGUGAAUGCUGCUUUGGUAAAAGAAACGGCUGCAGCUGAAGCGGCUGCCAAGGAGGCCAAGGAGGUGGAGGCACGCGGUGCCAAGGCUCUUGAAGAGGCGGAUGCUGACCGCAACAAUUUAAACAAAGCUGUUCAGGGCCUCAAGAACCGGGUGACCAUUAUUGAGGAGGUCACUGCCCGCGCGGCUGAAGCUGAAGCGCAGGAAAGGGAGGCUACUAAGGCUAGGGAUAGCCUGGUUUCUUCUUUGGAUCAGCUUAAGGCAGAUCGCGAUUGGAUGCGUGAUCACGGUAUCGGGCAUAUUGUUGGAACCAUUCUUGACACGCCUGAAAACGCAAGUGCCGUUAAUGAGCUUAAGGAGCAUGCGCGGGAGGCGGCGUUCAAAGCUGAUACUGAGGCUCGGUAUGUUACGGCCGUUAACACAUACAACAGCGUGUCUAUUUCCGCCAUUGAAGAUAUUGAUAAAUGCUUGGAGGCGGAAGAUUAUGUGGACCGCUUGCAGUUGUUGUAUGAUGAUCCUGAAGAGGAGGAGGAGCCUUCUGGUGGUGCAAAGGGUGAUGUAGGAAACGCACGACAAAGAGAUGAAACGAAAACGAAUAGGAUGCACAAAACGUGUACCGAACGAGAUGACGAACACAUGCUGCGAACUUCGACUCAACUCCAAGUGGCUUCCGAUGAGGUUUGCGGUGUCGUCUUCGAGCUCCGACGUGAAGAUACGAGUCCCGCGAGUGAGCAAAAGAUGAGAUCGGUGGAGGAAACGCACGACAAAGAGAUGAAACGAAAACGAAUAGGAUGCACAGAACGUGUACCGAACGAGAUGACGAACACAUGCUGCGAACUUCGACUCAACUCCAAGUGGCUUCCGAUGAGGUUUGCGGUGUCGUCUUCGAGCUCCGACGUGAAGAUACGAGUCCCGCGAGUGAGCAAAAGAUAA